AUGUUGUACCUCAAGUCUCUGAUCAACUGCAUCGACAACUCUGGUGCUCUGCUGGUCGAGUGCAUCAAGGUGCUGCGAAAGUCACCCAAGAACUACGCCGGUGUCGGCGACAAGAUUGUUUGUGUCGUCAAGCGGGCCCGACCCAUUCCUAACGGCUCUUCCAUCACCCAGAAGGCCCGAAAGGGUGAAAUCAAGCGGGCUGUCAUUGUGCGAACCAAGAAGGAGAUCCGACGACCCGACGGCUCCUACAUCCAGUUUGAUGACAACGCCUGUGUGCUGAUCAACGACGCCAACGAGCCCGUGGGUAACCGACUCAACGGAGUCGUUGCCAAGGAGGUGCGAGAGCGAGGCUUCACCAAGGUCGCUUCUCUAGCUCCCCGAGUCUUGUAA